UCCAAAGGUUGAAGAUUCAUUAUUUGUUCUUACAGACACCUAACCUCGAAAUAUCUCCCUCUUCUUCUCCAUGCAAUUCCAUUUCUCCUUCAAAAAAUUCCAAUUACCCAAUUUCUGAAUUACGGAAUUCAGAAGACACGCCGGAGUUACAAUGAUAAUUGAUAAAUCUCGGGUAGAAUCGGUCAUAUCAAUAUUUGUUACAGUUUAUCCCCACGAAACCUCUGCAUUGAUCUAUUCCACCUCUUCCUUUUUCUUUAUUUUGAGUGCGUAUUUCGUGGUACUUCCAUUGCGGGAUGAAGGUGCAAUUUCCUUGGGAUUAGGGAAACUUCCGGGCCUUUUCGUAGGAUCUUUGCUGCUCACAUUGGUUGCUGCCCCCGUUUCGACUCUCAUUUUCUCAUUGCCGAAUCUUUCCAAAGGGAAGGCACUUGUCUUGAUACACCGGUUUUUUAGCUUGUCUCUUGUUAUAUUCUUUGUUCUAUGGCUUUUUUCUACACCCGGAAGUUCACCUGUUAAUAUCAAGGAAAUGCUUCCAGUGAACUCCACUAUAAAAGAGGAGCUAAAGGUUGCAGUUAAUCAAAUAAUUCCAGCUAAUUCUGAUGUCUGGGAAAACCAUGGGUGGUUUUACAUUGUAGUGAGAGUUGCCAUGUUCCUCUGGGUUGCUCUGCUUAAUCUUAUCACUAUCUCCUCAACAUGGGCAAGAGUAAUUGACGUGAUGGAUAGUGAGUCAGGUUCAAGAUUGUUUGGGUUUGUUGGUGCUGGGGCCACACUGGGGCAGCUCUUUGGUUCACUGUUUGCAACAGGAAUGGCUUGGCUAGGACCAUAUCUGCUCCUUUUUGCUGCACUCUUGUUGGAAUUUGCUGCGCAGUCCUCAAAAGGAAUUAAAAAGGACAUUUCCCAGCAUCCAGAAGAACUUUCUCCCAUCAGGUCUUAUACCAAUGAACAAAGUGAACUUGCUCAGAGAGCUGCUUCUCCUAGAACUUCUUCAUCCAUGGAAAAACCUCAAAUGUGGGCUAUACUGGAGGGGUUGCAGCUUAUAUUGUCAUCAACUUAUUUAUUGCAAGUUGCGCUUUUCUUAUGGCUUAGUGCAGUAGUAUCCUCUUUCUUCUACUUCCAGAAAGUAACUGUUAUUGCCAGUACGGUUGCAAGUCCUGUUGGUAGAAGAAGAUUGUUUGCAGAAAUCAAUAGCUUUAUUGCUGUUUUUAUCCUUGGUGGACAACUUACCUUAACGGGGCGUAUACUUACUACUGCUGGAGUUACUAUAGCUAUUUGCUCUGCACCAUUUUUUGGGUUCAUAAAUCUAAUUGCUUUAGCUGCAUUGCCAUCAUGGAGUACAGUUGCCAUCAGUGAAACUCUACGGAAGGUGGUUAUGUACGUUGUUGCUAGGCCUGGAAGAGAGCUACUUUUCACUGUUGUUACAAAAGAUGAGAAGUACAAAGCAAAGGUGUGCUUAGAUGUUAUUGUUCAAAGGCUUGGAGACGCCACUGCAGCUGGGAUGUAUAAGCUGCUUUUCAGCACUUUAAACGGCAAUGUCUCCAACGUCCCUCUUUAUGCAUUGCCUGUGUGUUUCCUGUGGAUAGUGACAGCAUUUAACUUAGGACGCCGGCAAACUCAACUUGCCAAGUUCAGAACAUCUCAACGACAGGAUACUCAAUCAAGAUGAUGUUUUGUAGGUUCUUAUAGACACACGCAUAGUCGAACAAGGAGAAUUUUCGUUACUUUGUAAGAAAUCGUCUACCCCUCUUUAUGUAACUCUGAUUCUUCAUUUCUGAGAAAUAGCUUCAAUGCAAAAUAUGCAAAAUGAUUUCUUAAUUUCUACUUUUCCCCCUAUACUGGGUGAAAUUCUUCGGUAUUGCCAAAGAAUGGAUAGUUUGUCUGUGUAAUCUUAGUUCUCAAGAGUAUAGGUACCUUGUGCUUGGCCAAAUGGAGAAAAAAACAGUGCACAAGAAAAUUUGCUUCA